GCGAACGCUUGCCCCCUCCUGCGACCCGGUCGAAAGUCUCGCGCACGGCACAGCACCAGCACCAGCUUCGCGGCGCGCAUCCGCACCAGGAUCUCCUAGAGGCAGGCCGGUUGGGCAGGUAGACAGCAACCUUGGCGCUCUGGCACUAGCAGCAGCCUGUGUGUUGCUGCCCCUAAUUCAUUGAUUCAUCUCUCCCCUGGUCCCGCCCGCUAUCGCUACCUGCUACCAGUACGUGCUGCUGGCUGCCACUGCUGCUGCUCCCACUUGCACCGCACGCACUCGCCACCCGCCUGUGCAGCACCACCUCUCCGUCGCCCGCAGCCGGCUCCGCUGCUAUGCUGUCCGCCGCGUAGAGCGACAGCGACAUGGAAAUCGCGUCGCAUGCCCACUUCCGAGCCCUUACUGCCCCGUUCUCGACCCCAGGAGCCGCCCCCGACCACGCGAAACAGCAACACCACCCCAACAUGAGCGCCGACGCUGCGCAAAGCCAACUGCUGCAGUCGCAGGCGCAUACCGGAUCCAAUUACAGCAUCCAGUCGCAGCUCACCAACCGCAGCAGCGGUGCGACCCAGGACACCGCGCACUCGACCCUCUUCACGCCCCCGCCUAUGCCAACCAAUGCCUCCAACCUCUCCACCGCCAGCAUGUCGACCCCGAACGGCAGCUCAGAUGUCGUGCGGACGGACAAUAUCAUGAACUCGGUCGCCGAUGCUAGCAGCUCGCUGUUCCAAAUAUGUGUCGCGCUCCGCCGACGUCUCUUGGGUGUGCCUGGCUUCAGUGAGUCCCUGGCCGAGGAGGAGGAAGAGGCCGACGACGACACUGACCCUGUGACGCUGCUAUGGAGGACAUUCCGCCGAGGCUAUCCCCUCAUGCUGCUGUACAACGAGCUACGACCGCAGCAGCCGCUGGCCAUGCCGCAGGGUGUCAAGGAAGAGAAGAAGGCAAAGGCAGCCACUUUCAAAUUCAUUCAGGCCUGCAUGAAUGAUCUGGGAAUGCAUAGCGAAGAGCUCUUCAUCAUCACCGACUUGUACGGCGACGACACAACCGGAUUCGUCAAAGUAGCCCGGGUGGUGAAUCGAGUACUCGAUGUACUGGUCCAGCGUGGUCUCGUUGAGGAUGUCCGGCCCACGGCAUCGGACUUCGAAGAAGCUGAGAAAGGCAUGAAACGCACGCAACGGCAACACAUCAUUGCGGAAUUGGUCAGUUCCGAAAGGACCUACGUUCAGCAUCUUGAAUUGCUACAAGCGUUCAAGCACUUGGUGGAAGAAAAAGGUGUGAUUCCCGGCGACGCUGUCCACGACAUCUUCCUCAACCUGAACUCCCUGUUGGACUUUCAACGACGCUUCUUGAUUCGCGUCGAACAGACAAACUAUUUGCCAGAAGAGGAACAGAACUGGGGCAAGCUAUUCUUGCUUUACUGCGAGGCUUUUAAAGUUUACGAGCCUUACAUUGCGAAUCAACGCAAGUGUGAGAAAACCGUCAUUGCUGAAUUCGGCAAGUUAAGAGAAGCCGGCGGCAGUAUCGAAAUGCGCCAAAUGGUUGAGUCGCCAACAGCACUUCAUUCAUUCUUAAUGAAGCCUUUCCAGAGAUUGACCAAAUACCCACUUCUUUUGGAACAGCUGCACAAGAAGGGCGAUUUAGAUGAAGAGCGAAAGCAGGACCUCAUGAACGGCAUGCAAGCAGCGACCUCGGUUCUCAACAGCACAAAUCGAGCAGUCGACCAGGAAGAAAAGCGGGAGGCCGUCCAGGAGCUCAAGCACAGAGUCGAGGAUUGGAAGGGGCACCGCGUCGAAGGUUUUGGUGAACUGUUGCUCUAUGGAACUUUUACCGUCUUGAAAAGUGAGAACCUUGCUAAUGGCAAGGAUGGCGAACGACAGUAUCACGUCUACCUAUUCGAAACUAUUCUGCUGUGCUGCAAGAACAUUGAUCCUAGCAAACCCAAGAACAAACUUUCGAAUAAGCCAAUGGUUGACAACAAGGGCAAGCCAAAGCUCCAGCUCAAGGGCCGAAUCUUUAUGCAAAAUGUGACAGAUCUCGUGUCUCUGGCCAAACCAGGUAUGCAGUCGUCCACGGCCCUGAUGGUGAAGAGUGAUGACCGGAUUUUCUGGAAAGGUGACCCCAGCAUCGAAAAUUUCAUUAUAAGGUUCACCACCGAGGAAACCUUGCGAAAGUGGGCACAACAGAUCGAGGUCCAGCGCCGACGGUACCGAGAGCGAGCAUCGACUACCCGCAACAGCGAUAGUAGUACUCGCGGCGGCACAAGCGCCACCGAAUUUACCUUCAUGCAGAAUCAAGCGCUCGAAAAUCCGUACAAGGAGGCCAUCGAUGAGGACGACGACGAAGACGAUGCCGAGACCGCCGUGGGUAGUGGGCAUUGGUCAGGGUCGGGAGGUUAUCCAAGUGGUCUCUCUCAAAGUCGGAACGGGAGCUCAAGUUCCCUGCGGUCAAGAAGCACGACCGGGGAGAGUUCUGUCUCCAAUCUGUCAGGCUCAACGGCACGAGUACCACCGCCGCGUCUGCCGUCUGGGACUAUGCAAGGACCGCUGUCUUUACGCACAAGAGAACUUCAACAAGCAGCACAGUCCCCGGGCGGCCAGGCUGGUAUGGACAGCUACUUCUCGCCUACAGACUCCCCGAUGUCCUCAAUGUCUGCCCGCACGAGCACAAGCUCAGGUAUGUAUUCAUUCCCGAGGCAAAACAUGCCUGCCAAUGGGUAUUACGAGGAGGGACAUGGCGCCACGCGCUUCACGGCGCCUGCAAUGGGUCGCCAGCCACCAAAUGGCUAUGGACCUGCGGCACGUGUCCCAUCGACCGGCCGGCCAGGACCGGCUGGUAUGCACAGCUCGAUGCAAAUGCCCGGUCCCAGAAAUCGAUCCGCUAGCAGUCCCGAUAUCCACAACGGCCAACGCAUGCAACCGAGGGGCGCAGGCCACCCGCCUCUGCCCGAGAUGCCUGCUCCGUAUUCGAAUCCGAACCGAAGCCAAAACAACUCACCAGCAUACCCCGAGGGCAUCCCAGAGCGAGGUUCACCUCAAAUGCUACGGGAGCGACAGUCAUCCAAUGCCGAUCAGACGUCGCCAGUAGAAUACAAUUAUCCACCUCGGCCCGGCAUGAUGCAGCACGCCAGCGCAAGAGCGAUGGCUCCCGGAAGCACCAGACCUCCGAUGGGAGGUCCCGGUCCUGCCGGGUUCGUGCCACCCACACCAGUUGAUGAGGAGGGCUCGAAACCAACUCCAGCUCAGCUGAAAGUGCGGGUCAUCUGUCCCGCAGCAGGGCAGACCCUGACAUUGGUCGUAUCGACCAACAUCAGCUAUCAGACCCUGAAGGAUCGCAUCGAUGCGAAGCUUCAGCGAUCAACCAACCUGAGCCUAGGCGAUCGUGGUCCCAAGGAGAACCAUGUGAAGCUCAAGUACCUUGACGAGGAAGAUCUCGUGAGUAUGCAGAGCGACGAAGAUGUACAGACCGCCUUCGAAACAUGGAAGGAGCAACGCGGCGAAGGUAUUGGAGGGCUGGGCGAGGUUGAGCUCUACUGCCAGAGAUGAGCCUACAGUCAGCAAUCAUUGGGCAUCAUUCGAUGCCAGGUGAUGCUAUCAAGAAAAUUCCACGGGACCCAUGCGGUUGCGACUGGUUACGACGGAGGUCUGCGGCGAAAGCACUUCGGCUCAUCUGCCACCAAAAUCGACUGCGCGACGGCUCUCAUCAUAUGCAAGCCCGGCAGAGAAGCCUCGGCUCCAGGCCAUAACACCACGCAUGCUUAGCAUAUAGCUACAUUUGGGUCCCAUAACUAAUGCCCUUCGCUGGGAUGGCAAGGUCAGAAGCCUCUUGCGAGUCGCUUUGUGCGACUCGAUGCAGGUGGGACUUAAAGUCACACUCAUGCCCGGCAGACAUACUAUGUAUUACGCUGCUGCUCGAGGAUCCGGAUCCUCAGCGUCGACACAACAGUGGCUAGACACGGGCAGCCUCGUGUCCAGGAGAGAGUACAUUGCUAGUCCCCAUGAAGGCUUUUGCGAAGGCUACGAUGUCAUGAUUGUUGUGUCUGUGGAGGGCGAAUGAGUUCGUGAAGCAAGAAGAUGCGGAUACUUGGGAAGAGAUCAGCGAGAUGAGGAUGUUUGAUUCUUGUGCGAGUGGAGAAUGGCCCUCUGGCCUGUGAAAUGUAGCUUUUGUAGCUGAAGAGAAGAAAAGGAGUUGAUAAGAACGACACGUGCAGUCGCUCCCGUUCACCAUUGCGGCAGCGGCAUGUUUCCGCCCG